AUGUAUUGUUGUUCUAAUUGCCAAGAUGAAAAUUCAUCUAGAAGAUAGAUAGAUCAGCAUCAGUAUAACUCUGAAUUCAAAAAGCCUAUUAUAAAACAGUAAUUUUCAUUGAAAUCAUCAGGCUAAAAUGAGAAGGCUGAGAUAAGUAUUUCAGAAUUAAGAGCCCAAGCUGCAAUUAAAAUUUAAGCUUUUAUCAAAAGAUUUAAAACAUAGAGAUAAUUUUAAGUAUUCAAAAUGAUUAAGGACAAUGGUACAAGCAAUAUUCAGUUCACAGAUAUGAAUCUAUUCCCACAAACCAAAAAUAAGAAGGUUAGGAAUGUUGAGAAAAAGAUUGGGCCAAUACAACUAUUUCGAAUAAAAAGUAAAUAAGAAACGAAUAUACAUAAUACAAGAACUUCAACUCCACUCUCCAUAAUAAAUGACACAAGUAUUGAUAGCAUUAAGAAAAUAUCAAUUUCUGGAAAUCGAUAAGAAAAAUAAUCAAAUAGCUAAUUAGAGAUAGUAUUUAACUAUAGAUAAAGUAACGGAAUGCUAUAUGGUGGUCAAUUCAAUAAUAAAGCUUAGUAAAAGGAUGGUUAUGGAAUUUAAAUAUGGCCUGAUGGAUCAAAAUAUGAAGGAUUUUGGAAAAAAGGACUUGCAAACGGAUAUGGAAGAUUCAUAUUAGCUGAAGGAGAUACAUAUGAAGGAGACUGGUUGAAUGACAAAGCUCAUGGGCAUGGUAGAUUUUGGUAUUCUGAUGGAUCUACAUAUGAAGGAAGUUGGAUUAAUGAUAAGCAGGAGGGAUAUGGCAUAGAAAAAUGGAAAGAUGGAAGUUAUUUUAUGGGAAUGUAUUAGUAAGGAAAGAAAUCAGGCAAAGGAAAGUUUAUUUGGGGAGAUGGAGCCGAAUAUUCAGGAGAUUGGUAGAAUAAUAAAAUGCAUGGCAAAGGAACUUUCUCUUGGCCAGAUGGAAGAGUCUUUGAAGGAGAAUACUAUAAUGAUAAAAAGCACGGGAAUGGAAUAUACAUUUGGCCCUCUGGAAAAAGAGUAGAAGGCAAAUGGGAAAAUGGAAAGUUCAUUAGAGAAAAAAAUAAUCAAAUUUUGUAAUCAAUUACGGAUGCUAAUGAUUCCAAUAGACAUAUUUGCUCUUGA